AUGCCUACCCUGGGCAGUUCACACGAAAGUUGUGUACAUUUAAACUCUAGAGAUUACAAAACCACCCACAACAAAUCUAUCAAUUCGGCAUUCAAGCAAGAGGAGGAGCAGGAGGAUGAGUAUGAGUAUGAGAAUGAGGACGAGGAAGAGGAAGAGGAUGAGUAUGAGUAUGAGGAUGAGGAUGAGGAUGACGAUAAGGAUGAGAAUGAGGAUGAGGAUGAGGAUUACGAUGAGAAUGAGGAUGAGGAUGAGGAAUAG